UCGGUUCGGUAGGAAAGGACGAACAGGACUAGUAUUUAUCCUGUCUUCGUGUCAACAACGUGUUGCAGUCGCAAAAAAAAAGAAAAUAAAUUGCCGCAUAACUAGCAAAUAGUGCUUGAUAACUAAGUAAACUAAAUAAAAAACAUAAAUGGAAUUUAUUAAAAAAAACAGUGAAAAUACUAAAUAACAACAAGUUGUGACUGCCAUUUAAUUGGUACAAUUUUAUACAAUUUAUAUCUUUAAAACAAGUGCUGAAUUAAGGAUAGAAUUGGAUAAACCAAGAAAAUUUGCAGUGAAAAGUGUUAAAUUAAAAUUAAUUAACAAAAAGAAACCUUAAAAACUUAUUAAAAUCUAUUAAAUAACAAAGAGACAUUGCAUUAGUCAGCAGAUCCUCGUCGUUGUCCUGUACAGUACGUGACUUGGCCUUUUCCAGGACUCCAUUGAAAGAAUCCUCGCCGCCGAGCGACAGGAACAUCCUUGCAAUGUUGCCGCAUCAUCAGCGCCAUAAAAUGGCGGCAUCAACGGGCCCACGAGCCAUCUGCUUCCUGCUGCUCUCGCUCCUGCUCCUGCUCCUGAUCGAGUCCACCGAGGCGACCCGCUCCAAGGAGGAGCGACGCAGCCGAGGCCGCGGCAGUGGCAGCGGGGCGGUGGCCGCCUCCACCAGCUUGAACAAUGGCGGUGGCUACUAUGGCUCCUCCUCUUCCGCCUCGUCGUCAGUGGGUUCGGGCUAUGUCUUUACCAGCAGCAGCAGCACUGGCAUUAACUCUGGCAGUGUGGGCUACAGUGGACCCAUGGACAGCACUGGCUUCUGCACACGACGACGGGACAUGAAACUGAUGUGCUACUGUACUCCGGAUGAGAACCAUGUGCCCGUGCAGAAGGCCGAGUGCUGGGUAUUCUCGGAGGGACUGCAUCAGAAUGACACCACCUGGACGCGAUUCUAUCAGCAGAAGCGCUUGCGGGAGCUCAAGUUUGUGAUUCAGAAUAAUGCCAGAUUGGAUUAUAUACCCACAAUGAUCAUUGAGCCGCUGAAGAAUUUGAGUAGCAUUGUGAUUGAGUACUCCCAGGUGGAGAUUGUCAAGAGUUAUGCCUUUGCAAAUCUACCUUUUCUGGAGAGGAUUAUCCUGAACAACAACCACAUUAUGGCCUUGGAUCAGGAUGCCUUUGCCAAUCACAUUAGGUUGAGGGAGCUGAACCUGGAGCACAACCAGAUCUUUGAAAUGGAUCGCUAUGCCUUCAGGAACUUGCCUUUGUGCGAGCGAUUGUUCUUGAAUAAUAAUAACAUAAGCACCCUGCAUGAGGGUCUCUUUGCGGACAUGGCCAGGCUGACCUAUCUGAAUCUGGCUCACAAUCAAAUCAAUGUCCUGACCAGCGAGAUAUUCCGGGGCUUGGGCAACCUGAAUGUCCUGAAACUCACGCGUAAUGAGCUCAACUUUAUAGGGGAUACUGUGUUUGCAGAGCUGUGGAGUCUGAGUGAACUGGAACUGGAUGAUAACCGCAUAGAGAGAAUUUCGGAACGCGCUCUCGAUGGCCUCAAUACAUUGAAAACCCUCAAUUUGCGGAAUAAUCUACUGAAGAAAAUCGACAAUGGGCUGCUUCGCGGCACGCCCGCCCUGCUGUCCAUCAAUGUCCAGGCAAACAAAUUGGAAACGCUGACCUUCUACACCUUUCAGCCAAUUAUGGACAAUUUGGUCAACAGCACCAGCGAGCUGUUGGUGUCAGACAACAAAUUCAUUUGCGACUGUCGUCUGCAGUGGAUCUUCGAAUUGAAAAAUCGCACACGUCACCUGCAGCUGCGUGACUCGCUGGAGGAGCUGCUCUGCUCCCUGCAGGACCCCAAGCUGGCGCAUUUCGUGGACCCGGUGCCGUCGCGUAUCCUAGACGAGCUCAACGUUGGUGGCUUCACGGCGAUUGGCAGCAAUAGUGCCAGCAUGGGCGGCGUGGGCAACAGCGUCGUGGGCAGCAGCAGCAGCCACAGCUACGGAGGACUGGGCUUGGGUCUGGAUGACAGCAGGAAGCACUCGGGCAGCAGGUCACGGCAGGCGCUGCGGCAGCGACAAUUCUCCGAAAAUGUGGUGGAGACCAAGAUGCGGCGACGAAGGAAGCGCCAGGAGGGAGGCGCCGAGCUGAAGCAAAAGGAUCUGGCCGCGGUGGCGCCCACACACAAGCGGUAUGACUACUACGAUGAUAACAACGGCGGCAUGUCUUUGGGCCAUGGCCUGGACCUGGACGACAACCUGAACCUGCACAAGCAGGGCUCCUUCUAUGGCGGCGCCUCACCGGUGGCGGGACACAACGACGUGGACGUCCUGCUGACACCGCACUCGGCGCCAGGGGAUGCCCUCGAUGCGCUGCCCAACAAGAACUCGCUGAGUGUGCGCCUGUUCCUGCUGAAGCCGGAGAUGCUGCCCUGCCACGACGAACUGAGCGAUCCCACCGAGCUGCCCCUGUCCCGCGAUCUCAUGGAUGUGCGCAGCAAUGUGGGCCAGGAUGCGCCGGCAGGAGGAGCUCGUCGAGAGUCGGGCAUGGGUAUCCUGGCAGGUCUUGUUCUGGCCUUCCUGGCCAUCAGCCGAGGUUGAAUCCGGGAGCAGGCUGCUGCUCCUCCUCUCAGUUUGGUUCUACAUUGUAUGUACAUACUGUCUUGGAGAAACGAGCUUCAAAAGGAUACGCGAAACGGACACUGAAAAACAAAAGAAACCGAGACCGACAACGGCUGCCAGCAAAGUCCUGUAAAUAUGUAAAAAAAAAAAGUAAUGGGGGUAAAAAGCGAAAUUCGAUAAACUUACUCUAAUGUAAACACCUAGCUGAUAGCCGUAAUGAUAGACUCGACUUUUCACCAACUUAAGCAACAACUUUGGCAGCAGAUACAAGAUACAAGAAACAAGAUUCAAGAUUCAAGAUUCAAGAUACAAGAUUCAAGAUUCAAGAUUCAAGAUUC